AUGGAGAUACUUCAUCGAAAUUGGCGACGAGAAUCCAUAACUCGCAUGUCAACUUCUACACCGUCGGAUAACGGAAAUCAACCCGGAUCUGUCGCCGGCGAUUUUCCUCCCGACCCGCUUCUUGCCUCCGAUUCCUUCAUCUCCUCGACUACCCCCGCCGGUGACGGAACCCUUGGAAGUAGUGCGAAGCGGCGACCGAUUCAGGGCGGUAGCGGAGCAACUGGUUCGAGGCAGAGAGCACGGAUCGGGAUGUCAAACGGUACGGAUCAGGUGGAUCCAUCGCCGGAUAACUCGGCUCAUCAAGCGGAGUCGAAGUCGCGGAAGCGUGCGGCGCCGGGGGACAAUUGGUUGCCUCCUAAUUGGAGAGUUGAGGAGAAGGUUCGAACUUCCGGUGCUACAGCUGGCACGGUGGAUAAGAAAGAAUACAAAUGCUUAGAAGGAAGACCACAUCGAAUUGAUUUGGUUUUCGGCAAGUAUUGUGAUCGAGGAAUCGAAAGUUUGUACUAUUUCGAACCAAUUACAGGACGCAAGUUCCGGUCCAGGACCGAGGUACUCUACUACUUGGAACAUGGAACCUCUUCAAGAGGCAGCAAGAAAGCAGAGAGCACAGAUUUAAGUUCAGACCAUUUUGAAGGCCAAGGAAGCAAAAGAGCCAGCAGAAAAGCUAAAGAGCCGCCGCCUCCGCCGUUGAACUUUGAUUUUGGGAAUCCACCGGAGAAGGUAAGCUGGUGUAUGUCAAGCACAGGAGAAGAAGCUUGGACACCUUUUGUUGGGGACGACAAGGUUCAGGAUUCGGUGAGACGAGAUUGGUGCACUGCGUUUACAGCCGUCACGACCCAAAACCCAAGCAAACUGUCGUUGUGAAGAGGAUGAUGACAAAAGGUGGCUAUUUUUUGGGUGGUUGCAUCUAUUGUAAGAUAAGCAUAUAGAUGUUAGUGUUACUUAACUGGCCGAUGUUUUGCUUAGUCUUCAGGUGAUUUGAGAUUGUUGUUUUGUAAUUUUCUUAGCUUUUUUUUUUUGGGAGGAAUGUGAUAAUGGGGAUAUACAUAUCUGCGUUUGUGUUUGACAGACAUCGCUUUUUGACUAAAAAAAAUGAAGACUUUGUAGCGACUCGGAUACUUGGACAUUGAACUUUUCUCUGUUCCAAAGUCUUGUCCUUUGUGUUUAGGAAAAGAUCUUACCUUAUAUAUCAUGACAAUGCCCUUUUUCAAGAACUAAAUAUGCUUGACAAGGCUUGGGUUUUUGAAAAACCUUAAGUUUCCGAGUCUUGGACACACUUAUGCAGAGUAUUAUGGGGCACAAAGGAGAAAAGUAAUUGUUUAAGCUAAAG